AUGAAGAAACAGUUCAACCGCAUGAGGCAACUCGCCAACCAGACAGUGGGAAGGGCUGAGAAAACCGAGGUGCUCAGCGAUGAUCUACUGCAGAUUGAGAAGAGAAUGGAGUUGGUUCGUCUGGUUUCCCACAACGCUCACAAGAGGCUGGUGUGUUGUCUGCAGGGGCAGCUGGGCACAGACACAGAGAAGAGACACAAAAAGCUGCCUUUGACGGCUCUGUCCCAGGCCAUGCAGGAGGGGGGCGGUCAGCUGGGAGACGAAAGCAUGAUUGGUAAAAUGAUGGAUGCGUGUGGAGAAGCCGAGAGCAAACUGGCCUCAGAGCUGAUGCAUCACGAGGUUCUCCUGGAGCGGGACGUCCUGGAGCCUCUCAAUCAGCUGGCAGAGGUGGAUAUUCCAAACAUAUUAAAGCAAAGGAAGCAACUGGCUAAACUGGUGUUGGAUUACGAUUCAGCCAGGACAAGAUGGUACCAAGCAGUGAAGUCGAAUAACCCAGCCAUGGCAGCUAAGGUGGACUCCCUCAAAGAUGAAAUGGACGAAGCACAUAACAAAGUAGAAAUAUGCAAGGACCAGCUCUCGGCAGAUAUGUACAACUUUGCUUCUAAAGAGGGAGAAUACGCGCGCUAUUAUGUCAUGCUGCUGAAGGCCCAGGCUGACUUCCACAGACAAUCCCUGGCCGUGUUGGAGACGGCGAUACCCACGAUACAAAUACAACAAGACUCCUGGAUGGAGAAGCCUGCAUUUGGUACAGAACUGGAGGAGCAUCUGAAGAGGAGUAACCGCGAGAUCGCGCUGCCGUUAGAGGCCUGUGUCAUGAUGCUCCUGGAAACCGGAAUGAAAGAGGAGGGCCUUUUCCGAAUAGCUGCUGGUGCCUCUAAACUGAAGAAACUAAAAGCAGCGUUGGACUGUUCCACUUCACAGCUCGAAGAGUUUUACUCGGAUCCCCACGCCGUGGCCGGGGCCCUAAAGUCUUACCUGAGGGAGCUUCCUGAGCCUCUGAUGACGUUUGACAUGUACGAUGAGUGGAUACAAGCCUCUAACGUAUCGGACUCGGACAAGAGACUCCAGGCCUUGUGGGUGACAUGUGAUCAAUUACCAAAGGCGCAUAAGAGCAAUUUUAAGUAUCUUGUUAAGUUUCUGGCGAGACUUGCUCAAGACAGUGAAACAAAUAAGAUGACUCCAAGUAACAUUGCAAUAGUUCUGGGGCCCAACUUGCUCUGGCCAAAGACAGAAGGAACCUUGGCAGAGAUGGCCGCUGCGACUUCUGUAGCUGUGGUCGCAAUUAUUGAGCCCAUCAUCCAACACGCGGACUGGUUUUUCCCUGAAGAAAUGGAUUUCAAUGUGUCUGGGAUGUUUUCCCUACCUACUCACCCACCAACCCCGGACCCUGAGCCCAACCUGGAGAGGAGGCGUCCUGGCAGCCAAGGGGGGUAUGAAGGGGAAUCUCAUCCCCCCCGUAAAGACAGCACCAGUAACAAACACCCGGAGCCCGCUCCUCGUAGAUCCGGCACUGUUCAUAAAAAGCAACCACUAACCUCACCUACCUUUCAACCCCCACUGCCCCCUCUGGAGGGGUGGGGUGCUGCACAGUCUGAGCCCCAGGCCCUGUGUCCACCUGCAGAGGCUGCGCUGAGUGUGGCUGCUGCUAAUGCUGUUUCUGUUGGUGGUGGGGCCCCUACAGCAGAGCAGCCCCUUGUAGUCCAGGUCACCUCAGACAACAGCAGCCCUGCUCGAGAGCUCACUUCUACGCCCCCUUCACAGAGGAAUGGAUCGAUCCACCUCGGAACACCACAGUCCCUCAACAGGACCAGGGGGGCUAGCCCGCAGAUGAUGCGAAGAGGUACAAAGAAGCAGGCUCCAGCUCCUCCCAAACAGGCCAGCCCAUUCUCAUCUCAGUCCAAUAUCCAGACGCCUGGCUCCCCACACCCCACCGUCACCCCCAGACGCAACCCCAGCAAAGAGGCUCUCAUUGCAGUUCCCAGUCACCCACCACCACAGCCUCCUGCGUCCCACCAGAGCCCAACCGAGUCGGAGCCCUCACCCCCACGGACACCCACCCCUCCCAACACUCCCCCUCACGAUGGACCACCCCCUGUGCACCUGUACGGCUCCCUGCCUCGCCCCAGCCGCCCCGCCCCCAAGCCACGCCCACGGCCCAGCAUACCCCCGCCACCACAGCCUGGGGGAAACGAGAGUAACGGGAUUUGCAACUCUGCCUCCAAAAUCAUCACAGACGCAGGACCCAUUCUCAAAGGAACUGGCCGAGCCUUUGUCCCAGCGGUCAUGGUGGUGCAGCCGGAGGAUCGUUCUGCUGCUGGUCAGGAGCCUGACUCCGCCCCCUUCUCUGAGCUGGUCACAGAAAGCACCGUUCUGUGA